GGGAGAAAAUGAGCCUGUAUUGUUUAAGCCUGGGCUUAAGUAGGGUAGGGUAACAAUAAGCAAGGAGUGUAGCUAAUAGAUCAUAUUCUUAUGUUAUUAUGCUUGUUUGGGUCACCGUGACCCUAUAACACUGUUUUGCAGGAAGCGUCGGGCGCACCAUACUGCUCAAAACAGCUCUGCCCCAAUGACAGAGGCAGUGUUUGAUCUCAGCGCCCCCUGGUUGCAGUUCCACCUGGAGAUCAGCCGAGAUGCUUUGUACCCUCGGUCAAGCAGAACAGUGGAGCGAAUCAGAUUGGGAAACAUGACUGUUAUUAGUGCUGAUCUCUGCCCAGAUGAGAAGGUGUUAAAUGGAGAGUGUGACUGCAGCCAAGUUGUGAAGCCGAGCGGAACACACCUGAAAGUGAUUCUACAGUUCCAGGACUUCGGGAAAGCCAUGUUAAAGCCAAUGAGGCAGAGACGAGAAGAGGAAACCCCAGAGAACUUUUUUUAUUUUGUGGAUUAUCAGCGACACAAUGCAGAGAUUGCGGCUUUCCAUUUGGACAGGAUUCUUGAUUUCCGGCGUGUUCCACCAGUGGCUGGUCGACUUGUGAACUUAACCAGUGAGAUUCUGGAAGUAACAACAAAUGAGGACCUGGAAUGGGUGUUCUUUGUUUCACCAGCUAACAAUGUGUGUUUCUUUGCCAAGUGCCCAUAUUGGUGUAAGACUGAGUACGCUGUAUGCGGCAACCCCCACCUGCUUGAGGGGUCACUUUCUGCCUACUUGCCAUCACUUAGCCAUACACCCCGGCUUUCUGUACCCAAUCCCUGGAUAAGAUCUUACACCUUUGCUGGGAAGGAAGAAUGGGAAGGGAAUCCUUCUUACUGUGAUCAGGUUAAGCAGACUGAGCCUUACACCAAUAUGAAGAGGCUUCUGAACAUAAUGGAUCUGGCCAUAUUUGACUUCCUAAUUGGAAAUAUGGACCGCCACCAUUAUGAAGUAUUCACCAAAUUCGGAGAGGACGGUUUCUUGCUCCACCUUGAUAACGCCAGAGGGUUUGGACGCCAUUCUCACGAUGAAAUAUUGAUCUUGGCCCCUGUGUACCAGUGCUGCCUGGUGAAGGAAGACACGUGGUUACGGCUCAGACUUCUCUCCACGCCCGAGUACAGGCUGUGUGAUGUAAUGAGGGAGUCUCUGAGCCGAGACCGACUACAGAACAUCCUAACAGAACCACACUUAUUAGCUCUGGACAGGAGGCUGCAGACUGUGCUGCAAGCGUUGGAAGAGUGUGUGCUGAAGCAUGGAAAUGGGUCUGUGAUAAUUAAAGAAAACAGGAACCAAGCAGUACCCACACGCUCCCAGCUGAGGACAGUAUAGAGCCAGAGAUGGUUCCUUGUUUAUGGAUUCUACCAGCAGCCGGGCCUUGUGCCCUUGAAAACCAUCUGCAUCUGGGAAAAUGAUCUUCAGUUGUGCCAGCCUUUUGCUACAUGUAGUAAUCAGCCAGGCCAACCACACUUACUGGGGAACAGACUUAAGCAUUAAAUUCUUUUCUCCAAAAUUUUUUACAUUCCAUGUUCUCAUUAUCAAGACGAUGGAAGUACAAAAAAAAAAAAAAAGACAACAAAAUACAUAGUUCUUGAAUGACUUGUCCAAGUCUGUAUGUGCCAUAAGCAUGGGAAAUAAAUACAGCAACUAGGAAUAUUACUUCUACCCUGAAUUUCUGCGGUUUUGCUUAGAAAAAGGUAGAGCUUUGGCCAGAGUAUCGUCAUUAACCCUUUCACUGCCAGCCGAGUCGUCAGUUGUGAACUUUCAUUGCCAGACAGUUUUUGAACAUUUUGUGCAGUUUCUCUUUAGGGGCCUUUCCUUAGGGGGACUUUCAGUUUACCCAGGAAAUAUAUUGGGGUUUUUUUUUUUGGUUUUUUUUUAAGGACAACUUAAGCUUUUCAAUAUAUUCCCAAAAUUCCAAUUCUGUAAUAAAAUAUAGACUUCUAAAUGUCAAAAUGUUAAAAAAAAAAAAAAAUAACAAUAUAACACAUAGUAUUUAUUUGAUGCUUUAAAAUAACUGAUUUGAAAGUCCCAUGUUUCCUGAACGUGCCAAUACCAAAUAUAUUGAGUACAUUUUAUACUUACCAAAAUUUACUUUUUCCCUUAGUCCCUUCGGCAGCAACACUGAGAUUUAACUCCCUCCCUGCUAGAUAGGACAAGUGGCCAAUCAAAAGUUAACUAAACCCCACCUAUAAAUAGGAGUCAACACCCCCUCCUCACCAAUGCAUAUAAAAAGUACACACACAUAAUGCAAGAAUUUUGCUGCCAAAGGGACUAAGGGGAAAAGUAAAUUUCAGUAAGCAUAAAAUUGACUCAUUCCCUUAUGUCCUCAUACAGCAGCAGAUAAAGUUCUGCAAUUCUCUUAGCUGUAAUAGCUUCAAGAAGUAAAGUCUUGAAAGUAAGACAUUUCAGGGAACAUUCCUUCCAGGUUCAAAAGGAUUUCCGGACAAACCCUUUAACACAAAGAUAAGUCCCAUGCAGGAAAAGGCUGGAGCUGUCUUGGCCAAAUCUUAGAUAUGGCCCGGAGAAACCUCUUGAUAAGGGCUAACGUAGACAGUGGUUUAUUAAAGAGAGCUGACAUGGCUGAAAUCUGCACUUCGAGUGUGUUUACUGCCAGACCCUUGUCAAACCCCUCCUGGAGAAAUGUAAGAAGGGUAUUGGUGGAGGAUAAAUCAUUCCCCAUCUCAUGGUUCACACACCAAGUCUAAAAUACUCUUGCGUAAACUCUAUUUGUACAUUUUUUCAUUGAUUGAAUCAGGAUGUCAACCACCUCUGUAGACAACCCCUGGGCCUCUAAUAUGGACCUGUCAGUCUACAAGCAGUCAUCUGAAGUAGCUGCAGAUUCUGGCACCAUAGGACCCCCUGAGUCAGAAGUGAGGAGAUCUGAGGCAGAAUCCAGAAGUUGUUCCUGGACAUUCUCAUCAGAAGGGAAAACCAACUCCUCCUGGGCCAGAAUGGUGUUAUAAGGAAGUCUACUGAACAAUUUAAUACCAAUUUACAUAGAUAUACUGCACGAUCGUGGGGUGCAGGGCCGGAACUAGGGGUAGGCAGAGUAGGCACGUGCCUAGGGCGCAAAGCUGAGGGGGCGCCAGGCACGUACCUGCUCUGUUGCCUACCCCGUGUCCGGUCCCGUCUGCCGCUGGUGGCGUGCGCAUAAAUUCUCUUCUGCGCAUGCGCGCUGGCGCGAAGUUUUGGGCAUGCGCAUUCAAUCGCGCACAGAGCCGGCGCUGUGGCCCGCCAGGUUGCCUAGGGCGCCUGGCCGGGUUGGCCCGGCUCUGGUGGGGUGCUCUACCUGUUCGUAAUCCACUUGUUGAAAGUGCUGGGUGCUCAACCGGAAGACCCUUCCCUUGACCAGGGUCAAAGGUACAUGUAGACAAUAAUCCAG